AUGUCUUGCUUGUAUGCCUCUGCCCCAGCCUGCUCAGAUCUGCUGUGCUUGCUCAGGCGCGCCGCGCACUUUGCGCACUACGCAAAUGCCGACGACAGCGCCGAGGAGGACAAUUUACACACAGGAGGCAAUGAGGCGCGCACCCUGGGACCGUGGUCGAGCGCCCGGCAGCUGGUGGAGGGCCGGGCGGCGGCUGCGGCGGCGCGCGAGGACAAGAUUGCCGCGGCGGCUCAGGCGGUGGCGGCGGCUGAGGCCGAGGCCGACUGGCGGCCGCGGCGCGACCCGGCGCUCGGGCCGCGCGUGCCGCCGCGCGUCGGGAAGUUGUUCAGCAUGUGCCUCGCAGUCCUGGUGGAGUACAUCGAUGAUGUGGAGACGCUGUAUGGCAUGCCCACCAUGAUUAAGGUGCAGCUGGCGAGGGCGGUGGCCGAUGCACGGCGGAUGACUCCGGAGGUGCUGCGGCUGUUCACAGACGACGGCCCAGAUGAAGUGGUGCUGCCAGAGUGCUCUCAGCUCAUGCCGGCCACACUCGCUGAGGCGCUCGUGCCCUGCGCCACGCCGCGGUUGGAGCGGCUUGAGCUGGGACUGUGCGGCCGUGGAUUCGGCGAUGCGGUGGCGGCCGCGAUGGUGGCGGGCGGCCAGCUGAGCCGGCUGCGGAGCCUGACACUGGGGGGCGCGUACCGAACGACAGACGCUGACCUGGCAAAGCUGCUGGCGGCCGCGCCUGAUCUGGCCGAGCUGCGCCUCCCGCAGUGCUCCCGCCUGCAGGACGCUUGCGCCAUCGCGCGGCUCACGCCGAAUCUAGAGAUGCUGGACCUGACGGAGUGCCGGGGCAUCAGCGUGCAGUCGCUGCAGCAGUGCCUCACCUCCCUCAAGAGCCUGCGGGUCCUUGAACUCAACGGCGACACAGAGGUGACUGAUGACCUGCUGACGGAGGUCGCGCUGGCGUGCCCGCUGAGGCGGCUGGGGGUGAGCAACUGCAGCGCCGUUACGGACCGCGGCGUGCGCGGCGUGGCGGCAGCCGCCCCGCAGCUGACGGCGCUCAUAGCGGACGAUGUCGGCCGCCUGACUGACGCAGCGCUGGUUGCUCUCAGCGAGUCCUGCCGGGAUAUACAGGAAGUGUCAUUGAGGCGGUGCACAAAGGUGACGGACGUGGGCGUUGCUGCUCUGACGCUGAGCGGCAAGCUGCGCAGCCUUAACAUGUCUGGCAUCGCCCAUGUGGGGCCUGCCUCCAUAAAGGCUCUGGCGACUUCCUGCAAGGAGAGUUUAGAGGAGCUGGAUGUGUCCUGGUGCCGGGGGGUCCCUGAGGCGUGGCUGGGAGUGCUGGCAGACAGCUGCACCAAUCUGCUGCGGCUCACCAUCUUUGGCUGCUCCCAGGUGACCACAAAGCUUCUGAACGGGCAUACAAACGACGCACUGGAGAUUGUUGGGGCAACUGCCCAGAAGACACCUCCGCCGAGUGUUGCCCGCAUUGUGCUGCGGCCUGAAGCAUGA